GGCUGCCGGGAGACGAUCUCCCGGCGGGCUGUGCGGCCCGGCUCGGGCGGCUGCAAGUGCCACGUCCCAAGAGCUACGCGGAGUCGCAGAGCGGGCGGUGCGCGAGGCGGAGCAGCGCUGAGCCGGCCGGGUCGUACGGAUCGCCCGCCGCCAUGGGCUCCUCGCAGAGCGUCGAGAUCCCGGGCGGCGGCACCGAGGGCUACCACGUUUUGAGGAGGUGACUGAGCACGGCAGUUUCUCCUACGGUCAUUCAGUGUGUUUUAUGUAUAAAGAGACAUCUCUUCCCACACCUCAUCAGUUUUCCUCGGGUUUUUGCAUCUUUGUGUAACCGUUGGAAGCAUAUGAUACAUACUGUGAAGUCCCUAACAGGUACAAGAAAAUUCCCCAGGACACAGAGCUGGACUGGAGCCUUUCUUUGAUUUCAUUGUUUCUAUUAACGGUUCAAGAUUAAAUAAAGACAAUGACACUCUGAAGGAUCUACUGAAAGCCAAUGUUGAGAAGCCUGUAAAAAUGCUCAUCUAUAGCAGCAAAACCCUAGAGCUGCGGGAGACCUCAGUCACACCAAGCAACUUGUGGGGAGGCCAGGGCUUGUUGGGGGUUAGCAUCCGUUUCUGCAGCUUUGAUGGGGCCAACGAAAAUGUUUGGCAUGUGCUGGAAGUGGAAUCAAAUUCUCCAGCAGCACUGGCAGGACUGAGACCUCACAGCGAUUACAUCAUUGGAGCUGAUACCGUCAUGAAUGAGUCUGAAGACCUGUUCAGCCUUAUUGAAACCCACGAAGCAAAGCCCCUUAAGCUCUACGUGUACAACACAGACACAGACAACUGUCGAGAAGUGAUCAUUACACCAAAUUCUGCAUGGGGUGGAGAAGGCAGCCUUGGAUGUGGCAUUGGCUAUGGUUAUUUGCACCGAAUUCCUACACGCCCCUUUGAAGAAGGAAAGAAGAUUUCCCUUCCAGGACAAAUGACUGGCACCCCCAUUACUCCUCUUAAGGACGGGUUUACGGAGGUCCAGCUGUCCUCAGUCAGUGCUCCAUCUUUGUCACCAUCAGGAACUACAGGAGUUGAGCAGAGUCUCUCUGGACUCUCCAUUAGCUCAGCGCCACCGGCUGUCAGCAAUGUUCUCAAUACAGGUGUACCAACUGUACCAUUGUUGCCACCACAAGUAAACCAGUCCCUUGCUUCUGUGCCACCAAUGAACCCAGCUACCACAUUACCAAGUCUGAUGCCUUUGUCAGCAGGGCUGCCUAGCCUCCCCAACCUCCCCAGCCUCUCCAACUUCAACCUCCCUGCUCCACACAUCAUGCCAGGGGUCGGCUUGCCAGAGCUCGGGAACCCGGGUUUGCCACCUCUUCCCUCCUUGCCUCCCCGAAACUUACCUGGCAUUGCACCUCUCCCCAUGCCGUCCGAAUUUCUCCCGGCAUUCCCUUUGGUUCCAGAGGGCUCUUCUGCAGCCAGCGCAGGGGAGCCGCUGUCUUCCCUUCCUGCCAUGGGCCCACCUUCUGACCUUGUCAUGACUACUGCAAAGGCAGACACCUCUUCCCUCACUGUGGAUGUGAUGUCUCCUGCUUCCAAGGUCCCCACCACUGUUGAGGACAGAGUCGGCGACUGCACCCCAGCCGUUGAGAAGCCUGUGUCUGCAGUUAUGGAUGCAAAUACUUCUGAGUCUUCUUAACUUGGAACCAAUCUUCAGAACCGACGUGGUCUGUUUAUUUAACCACGGGAUCAUGUCUGGAAUCGCAAACUACCAUUGAUUUCAUACUAGUUUGUACCGUAUCUGUAGGUGUCCUGUACAUAAUUCUAGGGGGAAACUACACAAGAGGCUGAGGGCUUAUCUCCCACCAAGUUGGGGGAAUUACAGCCGAGGAGGGGAAUCUGAGAUUGUGCUUGUAAUUUAAACAACCAAAAAAGUUGUUAUGGGUGGCUUGCUGCCAGGCAUCUACUGCCAUUCUGGGAUGUACAUCUUUGGAAAAGAGAUGGCAGGGUGCCCGCCAGGUUCCCUGUGCCACUGCUAUGCCUUGUAUAAGAAAAUGAAAUACUUUAUGCCUAGUGCCCACAUGCAACAUUUCUUGUACUUUGUAAGUCGUUUGCAAGAACACAGACCACCUCACUAAACUGUAAAAGGAAACAAGAAUUUAAUGUUGGUCUCUGUGAGUUGCAUCUCUAUUACGGUUUACACAAAGCUCCCAGUUGAAGAUGUUUUGUUCCGGUUCAUGGCACACUAUUAAUUGAACAUCUUUUUAUUCUGCCUGUACACAGAUCUUGUUUUGAACUCAGAAUUACUCAGACACCAUUUUGUAGCUGCUGUUGUUGCUUUAGAUGCCUGUGGUAAGAUGGCAUUUAAAGAGAAAGAGAGGAGAAGCUGCACUCUGUAGCUACUUAACGGUAUCGCGGCAAUAAACUUCAGUCGCUUUACAUUC